AUGUCUUAUAAUGAUAAAAACGAACUGAGCAACAAAUCAUUUACGAUAAGAUCUUAUCGUAUAACAUUCUCUGUUCAACCUAUAAGCAACAAUUUAACUUCUCUAGUUAGUUACUGUAAAUUAAACAAACUUGAUUUCAUUCUAUCUGCCGAUGCAAAUGCGCAUCAUCAAAUCUGGGGCGGUAAUCAAAUAUGUAAUAGAGGUAUAAAGGUGCUAGAUUUUAUUAUUAAAGAAAAUCUUAUCCUAUUGAACAAAGGUGAUAUCCCAACUUUCGUGAGGGGGAACUCAAGGACUUUUAUAGACAUUACGGUCAGCAGUAAAGGACUAUCUGAUAGGUUAGUAGACUGGCAGGUUGACAUUAAUAGAUCGGGUUCGGACCAUAACACCAUAUUUUUCUCAUUGAAAACUGAUACAUUUGAAAACUUAGGGAAAGUUAAACGAAGAACGAAUUGGGAAGGGUACAAAGCUUCUCUACAGGAGAAGCUCCAAACAUUAUCAUUACUUAAUAGCAGCAAAGAAAAUCUCGAAAAGAACUCUCAAAUUUUCUCGAAUGUGCUUAUCGAUUCAUUCAACCAAAACACCAAAACAUUUAAAAUCAAAUUAAACUUUAAAACAAAAUGGAUGAAUAAAAAUUUACUGGAUGAAAGAAAAAAAGUAAGAAAACUCUUUAGCAAAGCAUUUAAAUCCAAGAAAAACAUUGACUGGUCAAACUAUAAAGUAGCAAACAGAAACUAUAUGAAAUCAUGCCGUAAAGCUAAAACAGAAUCCUGGAAAAAGACCACAUUAGAAAUUGAUGCAUUGGAGGACGCCACAAGAUUACAAAAACUACUCGAAGGGGAAAAAAACUUUAAGUUAGGCUCCCUUAAAAAUAUAGACGGCUCUUAUACCAGAAAUAUAGGCUUAAGACACUCUAAGUUGAUGAUGAAGGAACCUAAUCCUCAAAGAGCAAGUUUUCUUUUAAAUUUAAAUAGAAAAGAUCUAAGAGUUAUGUUAGGGACUUUAACAGGCCAUUGCUGCCUGUACAAACAUCUGAAUUCUAUGCAAAAGACGAACCUUAUAAAUUGUAGAUAUUGCAAAGGCAUGUUCGAAGAAACAAUGCAACACGUUAUAGCGUCUUGCGAUGCACAUUCUAGAGUAAGGCUGAGGACCUUAAACCACACUGUCAUCAAUGCUGAGGAGCUCGCGGAGGUGGAUCUGGAGAAUCUUCUCCUUUUCAUGAGGAGAACGGGCAUCCGAUCCACCUUCUUCGACUUCUUCAGCUGA